UGAACGCCACAUUGAUUGGCACCUGUUGCACCUCUUGAGACACAAACUGGAUAGUUCCUGAACUCUAGUUUUGGGAAUCAUUUGCUGCUUGAAUUUUUACGGUCUUUGUGACACAGUUUGGAGUUUUCAGAUGUAAUGUUGACGUCUGCUACUUUCAGAUUUGAAACAUAAAAACAACAGUAUGGCAGAAGGACAUGCUGGUUUUGCUAUAAGUGGAGUUGUAGAGCUUUCAUCCACCCCUCGGUCAUCCCACCGCUGCCGCUACACUCACCCUGGUGAACUUUCUUUGCAAUUUCAUCUGAGGAAUUGUCACACAGAGCAGGAUGAAGAUGAGGACUCCAUGGACUGUGACCCCAGCAUGCAGUCAGGCGAGCCGCCUUCAACUUGCUUCUAUGAGGAGCUGUUCUGCACCAGUCAGACCCCCAUGCCACUGGUCCCCCUAACCGGGUCCUUAAUGGCUUCCUCGGGGCCGCAGAGCGACGUGGUGAAAGAAGGUUAUCUAGUUAAGCUGGAGCGGAGCCACAGAAGAUAUUUUGUCCUGAGAACGGGAAGUCACACUGGUCCGAGCAGACUGGAGUGGUACAAGACCCAGGAGAAGUUCACAGCAAUGGAGAAGUCUUCUGGGAAGGCGUCUCUGUUUGGAACCAGCAAGCAAGGGGUCAUUUAUCUUCGUUGCUGUCUUGCUGUGAGUCGAAGUGGCAGUUCCCGUAAAGGCCACACGGUGGCACUGUACGACAAAGAUCAGACUCUGGUGCUGGUAAUGGAGGAGCAGCCGCAAGAAGAAUGGUAUGUGGCUAUAAAGAAACUAAUGGAGGAAGAGCAGAAGGAUGAGGAGCAUGAAGAAGGGUUUGAUGAAGAGGAUGAUGGAUACUGUACUCUGCCGCCUGCAGCUUUCUUCAAAGAGGUUUGGCCCAUCAUAGUGAAGGCCAGAGGUCUGGGCUCCUCUAAACUGCUAACAGGGGAGAACCGACUCUGCCUUACAGCAUCAACACUCGUCCUGGUCCGACUGGGAUCCGGUAAUGACUUGCCAUCAGUUACGAUACCUUUGCUGAGUGUUCGCCGGUUUGGACACAUGGAUGGCUUUUUCUUUUUGGAGCUCGGCAGGUCAGCGCCUCACGGUCCUGGAGAGAUCUGGAUGGAGGCAAAGAAAGAAGGAAACCCAGUAAUGGCCCAACAGAUUCACGAGGCUGUUAGGGAGACUGUACGCGCCCUUCGAGCUCUUCCAGACUUCAGCAGAUCACCGACCUCCAGUCACAAUCAACAGCCAGCCAUUCUGGCUUCAAAACGCUGCCGACCCAAACAGAGAGACAAGCUGGCUAAUGUGAGAACACUUACUCCCCUGGUUCUAGCUAGAAACCCAGAGAGCCAGACUAGUCCUGUGCAACGUCACCGAAGACCCCCAAAACUAGACGACACAAAUUCUGAAUCCUCUCUGAGCUUCACCUCUGCCCUGAGCCCUUCUAGACACCAGCCAGAAACCAAAAGCUGCACGAUGCAGAGCUGGGAGUCUGCUGACAAGGAUGAAGGGCUCGGGUACAUGAUCAUGUCUCCUACAGUCAGCCACAGCUUAUCUGAGUUAUCUCAGGAUGAUUAUGUCAUCAUGGAGAGUCCACAAAAACUCAACCGGCCAGGAUACUUUUCCUCUUCAUCAUCCUCAUCCCUUCAGACAUCAUUCAGCAGCUCCACGUAUGACAGCUUCCCUCCUCUGCAUCCGUCUCGUCUUCAGACCAAUGAGAUCAGUCAGCCGUGCUGCCCGGGGACUCCAGAAAAUAUCCCGUCACAGAUAAAACCCAACUGUCCUGCUCAACCACAGGUUGAUGUACAGCAGGAGCAGAACUCUAAGUCUGUGCUAAUUCCCCCAUUUUUGUUGAGCGGAUCAGGGGUCAAAAAGCCUCCACAGUCCAGUCUAAAUGUUGAUACAGGCCAGUCUGGUCACCCUCAACCUGUGAAACCUAUCCAGUCUGCUGUCAGGAGAAACUGGCUGCCAACAUGUCUUCUUUCUUGCCUUCAAACAGGGAAAAGAUCUUGAGUGUCGGAGCAAUUAUUUGCUUAUAUCUCAAUAAGAAGAAGUGUUUAUUUAAAUUGUAAGAAAAGUUGGGGUUAGAUGCCCUGUAAAGUCUUUGUUCACUAAAGAGGGAUCUGUUAUUACCACUUAAAAGAAGAAUGUGAGGAUGCUACAGUGAAGGAUGAAAAGAAUAACUGCAUCUGGUGUUUCUGCACUUAAUACACUUGUACAGUGCACAAAUGUUUUGAGAAUCACCUGCUCAGACGUUUGGGAAUUUCAGAUCUUUGCAUUCUUGAAUUGUUUGAGUACCUUAAGGGAGAAAAAAAAAUAAAGUUGCAUUUUUGACUGUU